CGCGUGCGGUGCAAUUUGAGCAAUAUCUGCGGCACACGAACGUGCGACACCCUAACGCGGAGGUAUUAUAGUUAAUCUUUUGUGCCACAGGUUUGUUGAUAUAUUUACGAGAAGGUAACAUGUGAGCAGAAUUGUUAAUACAUCAACAGCUCUGUGUUUAACUGGCCGAGAGUGAAGAGGAAAAAAAAAAAACAGGUGUGAGGAGAUGCUCUCCUCGCGGUGGUUAGGAGGAAACCUGUGUGGGAACAUCUUGUAUACACUGAGGGAUACUGCCUUGACGGAUAAAAGUGCAGCAGAUGGACGGACGAGCAGAUAAGCAAGGAUCGGGGGACGCUCCCGUGAUCAUCGUGGAGAACGAAGCUGAGAGCAUGCCAGUGCAGGAGGAAAGGUCAGGUGCCACCGGCCAAAAUUACCUGGACACUUGCCCCUUUUGCCAUUUGAACUUUCACAGCCGAGAGCCCAAACUUCUGCCGUGCCUGCACUCUUUUUGCAAGAAAUGUUUACCUGCGCCCUCCAGGAAUUUGGCCAUGACAGAGCCGCCAAACUCCCUGGUUGACAGCGCGACCAAACCACUGAAUGUGAUCCGCUGUCCGGUGUGCAGGCAGGAGUGUAUGGAGGUGGAUGUGGUGGAAAACGUCUUUGUGAGGGACUCGGCUGAGGCUCCCAGCAGCACAGUGGAGAGGACGGUCCAGCUGUGUAUGACGUGUGAUGACAACACAGAAGCAGCCGGAUUUUGCUUGGACUGCGUCGAGUACCUCUGUGCCACAUGUGUGGAGGCACACCAAAGGGUCAAAUUCACCAAAGACCACACCAUCAGGCAGAAGACAGAAGUAUCACAAGAGGUCCACGGUGUGUCGCCUCAGAGGCCGAUGUUCUGUGACAUCCACAAACAAGAGCCGCUGAAGCUGUUCUGUGAGACCUGCGACCAGCUAACCUGUCGUGACUGCCAACUAGUGAAGCACAAGGACCACAAUUACCAGUUCCUUGAAGAUGCCUAUAAAAACCACAAACAGCACAUGGAGAGUAUGACCCAUCAGUUACAGGAGAAAAGGAAACUAAUUGAAGAGGUGUCAAACUCCAUAACCCAUGGACUUCUUCAGGUUGAUCAGAAUCGCACAUCUGUUCAUAAUGAAAUAAAGAAGUCCAUCUGCAGUUUGAUUCUUGAGAUAAACAAGAAGGGCAAGAUGCUCGUUAAUCAACUUGAGGCUGUAACAAAGGAUCAUGAGAGUGUCUUGCGAAAACAACAGGAAGACAUUGGCUAUCUCUCUAGACACCUGGAUCAUGUCAUCAACUUCACUAAAUGGGCCACAGCCAAGAACGGGGGCACGGCCCUCUUGUACUGUAAACGUCUGAUUCUGUUUCAGAUCGGAAACCUCCUGCGGGCAAAAUGCAGUACCUCAUUCAUACCACAGAGCACUGUACGCUUCCAGUGUCGAUCAACUUACUGGGCCUCAAAUAUCGAUCUGGGCUCUUUAGUGGUGGAGAGUGUACCAGGCCACCAGCUGGGUGGUUUUCAGGGUAUCCCUCAUCAGCUGUCCCACCCUGGCCAAGGCCCCUCAGGCUCACCCCACAGCUUUGCCCUGGGAGCUCCCCAUAAUACUCUAGCUCAGCUCCAGAUGCAGGUGGACAAGCUAAACCCGCAGGCCCACUGGCAGCCGCAGCCACCCCCUCCACCGUGGACAUGGUACCAGAGUGUCCGACUACAGCGAACCAUCCCGGGGCCCCUGCAGGGAGGCUCUCCAUCCCACAAUAUGCCUCCUCAACCGGGCCGCAGGUUUAUGGUGCCUCCUCCCAACCACGUGAGCCCAACUAGCAGCUUACCGAGCCCUGGGUUUACGCCCCAGCCUCUGAGGGGGAUGGGAAGCAGCUCCACCUACCAAGCCAAACCUAUGGACAUAUUUUCCUCUUCACCUUUGUACACCCAUAUGACACCACUGCCCAUCAAUGAUGGUGUGAGCUUGUCUCAGUCACGGCAGACAAUUGAACCCUCAUAUCAGAACAGGAGGAAUGAUUCAGCUGGUCCACUAUAUAUGCUGAAACCAAAUUAUCCCCAGAGCCUACCACCUUCUUUGCCACACAGAAAUGUGCAAGGACAGCAGAUUUCACCAGGGUUCGCUGCUGUAUCUCAAGUUGAAAAACCAGGGACUGUUUCCUGGAAACCUCCAGAAACACAACAGGCCAGUGGAGCAGCGUGCUCAGCUGUCAAGAAAAGACGAAGGUCAUCACCAGGGCCCAUCAUUGUCAUCAAAGAUGAGCCAGAAGAUGACAGUAAUUAUGUUCAAAUCAACCAAAGAGCUAACCUUCCUGACAGCACAGGUGAACACCCACAAAUCAGUGCCCAUGGUGAAGGGAACAAGGUCCCAACUCCUCCUCAAAGCACAGAUGACAAACUCCAUAGUCCUCCAAAGUUUCCAAGCAGGCCCUGGUACCAGAGUAAGAGUGAUACUCCAGAUCACAUCGGCUCACUGGGAGAAGAACAGCAGGCAGACCAAAAUCAAGGUCGGACAGAUGACUCUAAUGAAGUCUUAUGUGCUGUGUGUCGGUGUGGAGGGGAGCUGGUGUCCUGCGAUAAGUGUCCCAGAGUUUUUCACCCUACGUGCCAUAUUCCAUCUCUCCUCAAAUCACCCAGCGGGGAAUGGUUUUGCUCUUUCUGCCGUGACCUGUUAGUGCCUGAGAUGGAGUAUGACUGUGACAACAAACCUGAGGCCAAAACAGUAAAGAAGGAGUCGGACUCUGAAGGAGGAUUUCCCCCUGUAGACAAACGAAAGUGUGAGAGGCUGCUGCUGCACUUGUUUUGCAGUGACCUGAGUUCAAACUUUCAAGGGCCUGUGUCCCCCUCGGCAUGUGCUAAUACCAAGCCGACUAUAAAGGGAGCGAUGAAUCUUUCAACUGUGAAAAAGCAACUGGAGUCGAGGCAGAGUCUCUGCUACCAAAGCACUGCAGAGGUUGUAUCAGACAUCAGGCUGAUCCUUGGGAACAGUGCAGUCCUCAGUGAGGGUGUCACAGAGGUCACCGUGGCAGGCAGGAAGCUUAUGGAGCUGUUUGAGGAGCACCUGAGGAUCAUCUUUUCUGACCAAACCUUCCCAGAAAUCAAACUGGAGAUGAUACCUAUUGCUCCCCCUGACUCUCAAGUCUCAUUGCCUGACAACAUUUCCCAGACUGCAAAGCGCCAGCGCACAUGUUCAGACUCCCAGGAUACACCAAGCUGCCCCAAUGAGGAGGAGGGAGUGGUAUAAAAGCACAAAUCAUCUUAAUGGUUCAGAUAUUUGACAGCACUGCCAGCACCAGCUAAUACUCAUAUGUGGUGUGUAAAACUUUAUUGCAAACAUUUAUGACAUGAAUUCAGGUUACUAAAAUUUUUUAUAUGUUUUAUGAUUAACUGUAUUGUACACAAAGAUCUAUGAUACAGGGCACUGAAUUUUCUAUGCUCUGGACUAAACUUUGUUACAGCUGUACACACAAUACAUGCAACACAUUGAGGUACUUAUAGGGCACCGCUGUUGCUUUCUUUCAUGUACUCGUUUUUGGUACAUGAAAGUUAUUAGAUCCUUUGUACCUUAUCAGAAGUCUUACUACACUGAGCUCCUCAGUGGGGUGGCCAGGAUUGUUGUGUCCUUCCUAUUUAAUGCUCUAUCUGUAAAUACAGCAGUCAUCAGAGGAAGGAUGAUAAUUGUGGGCUUUGAAAUUUCUGGUCUGUGUAAUGUGAAAUAAGAUAUGUGACAAGCCCCCUAAGGCCAGAAAAAUGAAAACAUAAAGGGAAUCAAAGCAGUUUUUUAAAACCAGUGUUUAAGAUGUUACAUUGUUGCACAUUUUACAGUAUUUCUUGACUUGUCUUUUUUUUGACAUAGUGUAGAACUACAGACUAAAUGUUGUUAAAGGUAAAGGUUAUGUGUAUUUAUUUACAUAUAUAAAAUUUAUUUAUUUAUUCAUUUAUAUUUGAAAAAGAUUUAUCUGAGACUUAUCAGAUUUUAUUGCGAUGAACUAAACACUGCAUAUGUUUCAACAUGUGAGUCUGUUAACAUGUUUUCUUUUACACACUCGCCACUGUGAACUGUUAUACCUUAUAAUAUCUGAGAGCCAGAACAUUCAGCCACACACAUGCUUACAUGCAAGUCAACUUGCAGGUGUUUGCAGCGAACAAUAAAAUAUGAUAGCUUAA